AUGGGUAGAGAGGACUCGGUCAAAAGCGUCCCACAAGAGCAACAAGAGACCAUGGUCUCUUGUGCCAGUAGAGAUGGACCGAUAGCUAGAGAACCGUAUGGACCGGCAGGAUUCAGUGGUCUCUUUACCAAUCCAUAUGUCGCCAUGUGCGCAGCAUUCGCCACCAUUGGAGGCCUUCUCUUCGGAUACGACCAGGGUGUCAUCUCCGUAACGCUUGUCAUGGACCAAUUUCUCGGUCGUUUCCCUCGCGUUUCGGACGAUGCUUCAGGCGCGGGAUUCUGGAAGGGAUUGAUGACUGCUAUGCUGGAACUUGGUGCUCUUAUCGGUGCGCUGUUUGCCGGAUGGAUUGCCGACAAGCUAUCCAGGAAAUACUCCAUUGUCGUCGCGGUCAUUGUUUUUACGAUUGGAAGUAUUUUGCAGACUGCAGCUAUGGGUUAUGCUAUGUUGACGGUGGGACGAUUGGUUGGAGGAAUGGGUAUUGGAGCACUUGCGACCAUCGCUCCACUCUACAUCUCAGAAAUCGCUCCUCCAGAGAUCCGAGGCGCCCUUCUCGUUUUGCAGGAGUUCAGCAUCGUUCUCGGUAUCGUAGUCGCCUUCUGGACAACAUAUGGUACCCGUUACAUGGCCGGAGAAUGGGCAUGGCGCCUUCCUUUCCUCAUUCAAAUGAUUCCAGGUCUGAUCCUAGGCGCUGGCAUCGUUUUCCUUCCCUUUUCACCUCGUUGGUUAGCCAGCAAAGGCCGCGAUGAUGAAGCCCUUCAAGUCCUUGGGAAACUCCGCAAACUCCCUACCAACGACACCCGUGUAUUCCAAGAAUGGUGCGAGAUCCGUGCCGAAGUUGCUUUCAACCGCGAGGUGAAUGUGGAAAGACAUCCCGACUUACAAGGAAAUACACGCAUGGACGAAUUCAAACUUGAGAUUCAAUCGUGGCUCGACUGCUUCAGGCACGGGUGCUGGAGGCGAACUGUUGUUGGUGUUGGCAUCAUGUUUUUCCAACAGUUCGUCGGUAUCAACGCACUCAUCUACUACUCGCCCUCUCUUUUCAAGACUCUUGGCCAAGACUACGAAAUGCAGCUCCUUCUCUCCGGCAUCAUCAACUGCACACAGCUCGUGGGUGUUGCGACAAGUCUAUGGACCAUGGAUCGCUUUGGACGCCGACCUCUGCUCCUAAGUGGUGCCGCGCUCAUGUUCAUCUGUCAUCUCAUAAUAGCGGUCAUGGUAGGAAAGUUUGGUGGCCGAUGGGCUGAUUACUCGACCGAAGGCUGGGUCGCCGUCGCCUUCCUCUUUUUCUACAUGUUCAGCUUUGGUGCCACCUGGGGUCCCGUACCAUGGGCUAUGCCGUCUGAAAUCUUCCCUUCUUCACUUCGCGCAAAGGGCGUCGCCUUGUCGACAUGCUCCAACUGGUUCAACAACUUUGUCAUUGGUCUCAUUACUCCGCCUCUCGUCCAGAACACCGGUUACGGCGCCUACACUUUCUUCGCUGUCUUCUGUCUCCUCGCAUUCCUAUUCACAUUCUUUGUUAUCCCGGAGACGUCUGGUAAGACGCUAGAGGAGAUGGACCAAGUGUUCCACGAUGUCAGCAGUGAGGCGGAGGAGCAGCGAAAAGCACGUAUCAUGCGUGAGAUAGUCGAAGGCAAGAAUCGGCAUACACCUGCUGCAAAUCCCUAG